ACGACGCCUCGAAGAAGGUUAAGCGCAACGGAAAGACAGAGCCUGGAAAGACAACGACAGCUUGCUGCUGAACGUAAACGCCGAUAUCGGUCAUCUGAAUCCUAUCGUCAGGCUGAAAGAGUACGUGAUGCAGUCGCUCAUCGACUAUUGCGAUCCCAUCCCGUUUCUACAGCUUCGAUGGGGAAUGCUUUUGAUGAACCCGGUACAAGUCGCGGUCUCCAGCAAACAGCUUUAGGCAUAAGCCGCUCAAACAGUACGCAAGAAGCGAGCAACAGCAAUGCCGAAUUUGCAGCGAAUGCGGUUCCAAACAGCCUAGACAGUUCUGCAGUAGAAAAACGCGAAAAAGCAGUGAAUCGCAUGCUGUUGCUUCGGCAGGAUUAUGAUUACAAACAGAGAGAAAAUACUGCGAACAGGGAAGCAAUGAAAAAACGCAGGGCUUCCGAUGAGGGCUAUAAAGUAAGGGAAAGGACUGCAGGUGCUGAAGCUAAGCAGCAACGACGAGAGACAGACUUGGAAUACAGGGAAAGAGAAAGGAUUGCAAAUGCUGAGGCAAUGCGACAGCGUCGAGAGACGGACGUUGAAUACCAAGAAAUGGAAAGGAUUGCAAAUGCUGAAGCAAUGCGACACCGUCGGCAGACGGACAUUCAAUACCAAGAAAUGGAAAGGAUUGCAAAUGCUGAAGCAGUGCGACAACGUCGACAAAUCGACUAUCUCGAGUCGGAAAGGCUUGUAGAUGCUGAGAUAAAGCAACAACGACGAGCGGCAGGCGUUGAAUUCCGGGAAAGAGAGAGGUUGGAUUCAGUUACCUGUGCACGGUACUUUAAUUACCGGUAUCAAGGACAGAGGAAGCUAUGGGAUCUUCCUGACGAUCCAUUCCAAGGCAUAGCAAUUACACACUCAUAUUAUAAGGUGGAAUUUCAGCAGCGAGGGUCAACUCACAUACAUCAACUCCUCUGGCUAAGCGACGCGCCGGUUUUCGACACUGUUUCCGGUCAAAAUGAACGUGAAGUGUGCAAUUUCAUCGACAGAUUCAUUGCAUGCUCCUCCAUAGUUGAUAUUCAGGACCAACAAGGACCCAGUCUCAGUCCACAUUAUCUUGAAUUCCAGUACCACAGGCAUGCUGAUACGUGUGGAAAACGUAAGACAGGAAAGUGCAGAUUUGGGAUACCGUUUUACCCAAUGCGCAACACCCGAAUUCUGCGGCCAUCGGCCUAG